CGAUGGCCCUUCAUUUGCUGAGAUCUUCUGAAGCCUUAACCCUCCCUGCUUGUCACAGGAUUCAAAGACUGACAUGGCCCAGCUGGUGAGAACACAGCUGCUGUUCCUUCUGGUGGGGGUGGCCGCAGUAUGGGCAGCCCGGCCCAGGACUGAGCUUCUCAGUGUCUGUAUGGACGCCAAGCACCACAAGGAAAAGCCAAGCCCGGAGGACCAGCUGCAUAAGCAGUGCAGCCCCUGGAAGAAGAAUUCCUGCUGCUUCGCCAACACCAGCCAGGAAGCCCAUAAGGAUAUUUCCUACCUGUACAAAUUCAACUGGGACCAUUGCGGACAUAUGACACCUGCCUGCAAAAGGCACUUCAUCCAGGACACCUGCCUGUAUGAGUGCUCCCCUAACCUGGGGCCCUGGAUCCAGGAGGUGAACCAGAGCUGGCGCAAGGAGCGCAUCCUGGACGUGCCCCUGUGCAAAGAGGACUGCCAGCAAUGGUGGGAGGACUGUCGCACCUCCUACACCUGCAAGAGCAACUGGCACAGGGGCUGGGACUGGACCUCAGGCUAUAACCAGUGCCCAGCGGGAGCCGCCUGCCUUCCCUUCCAUUUCUACUUCCCCACAUCGGCUGCUCUGUGCCGUGAAAUCUGGAGUCACUCCUACAAACUCAGCAACUACAGCCGAGGGAGCGGCCGCUGCAUCCAGAUGUGGUUCGACCCGGCCCAGGGCAACCCCAACGAGGAGGUGGCGAGGUUCUAUGCCCUGGCCAUGAGUGCCGGGGCCCUGCCCCGAGGGCUGGAGCCUCUCCUGCUCAGCCUGGCCCUGAUGCAGCAACUCUGGCUGCUCGGCUGAGCCCCUUUUACCCUCUGAUACCUGCCCAGUCCUCCCCUGUUGAGCCCCACAGCUCCUGGCCAAUCACUUCCUGCUCCUUGGCCAGGGAUGGGGCUCUGACCGACGGUUUGAAUAAACCAGACACCCACCAUGUGUUACAUGAGUUAUUUGGGUGUGAGUGGGAAUGUGA